AUGAGUGGCUACAACACCGUCCAGGACGGGGAAAAUUCAUUGCUUCAUGCUGCGGUGCUGUCUGGGGAUGAGACCUUGGUCCAACGGCUCAUCACACAACGCGCGGAGCUGAACAAGGAGGAGGACGAUUCCACUCCUUUGUUCAAAGCUGUUGGCCUGGAUGACCCUGCCAUCGCCAUCGCCCUUCUUUCAGCUCGGGCUGAUGUGAACUGGCGUGGUUCGGAGUUUAGCUUCACGGCACUGCACCAGGCUGUGUGCGUGAACAACCAGAAAAUGAUCGAGGCGCUGGUGCGGGCCGGCGCAGACGUGGAGCUGGUGGAUGAGGGCGGUUCGACGGCUUUGAGCCUGGCGCAAUCGAUGCAGAAGAGGUUGGAAGCAGAGAUGGAAGAAGCAGAACUCUCCGCGCACGUGUGCACUCGAGAGCUGGAACGACAGGACCGCGCUCCGAGGAGUUCACUCUCGUGA